AUGGAUUCUACAACCCACCCCAAUUUUGACUACCGUUACCCUAAGGCAAAGGACAUGGUCAUGCGCUGCACCCAAGCGAAGGACAGAUUUAGAGAAGGCGAUGCCAGAUUCGUCAGCGUCUCCAUUGGCGGUGAAACCCAACCCGCGUUCAUAUUCACCUCCGACCUUUUCAAGAAGACUAAGAAGGCAUGGGAUCUGAUGCAAGAAGCUGAGCAAGUUCGACGCGACGCGGAAUUCGAGGACCGCGAACUGAGUCCAGCUGAGCGGAAGGCGCGCAGCAAUGUCGUCGAUGCGAGGGAUCGCCUUGAAGAACUGAUCAAGUCGAUGAGCACUCGACGUGAUGGACCUACGAAUCAACAGAAGCGAUUAGAGAAGCAAUACUGGGAAGACUAUGAGAAGGCGCAAGAUGAGCUCACAAAUAUCAUGGAGCGUAGGGACAAGCUGGGAUGGAAGGUUGGGGAUGCGGAACGACAGGCUCUAGAGGUCGUCAAGGAAUUCCAACAGAUCAUUGCUGAAGCUUCCGUUGAAGCGGGAUUUUGGCCGAGCGGCGAAGUGUUGGAGGACACACACUCAGACAGUGCAGGGAGUGUGACUAGCUACCGCAAGGUCAAUCUAGGGAAUGAAGGCCCGGGGGAGACCUCAGUGGAGCAGUCAGAAGGUCCUACUAGAUCAGCAGCAUCGCAAUUAGCGCCCGAUAUGUCCCUGGCACAGGGCAAUAACACGCAUCCCUCAAAACGACCGCAAGACACCAGCCCUUCGGAUACGCGGACUCGGCGAGUUAUGGAGAGCCCAGCUGCGGCAGAGGUCCCUGUCAAUCCAGAUACAGAGCGCCCAUCAAAGGCGCCACUUGCUACGUCCCAAGCGGGCGAGGGGAUGAUUCACUUAAAGUCCAACCCAACACGAUCGAGGCCUAACGAACGCGAUGACGGUAGUGACGCACAGGAUACCUCCAGGACGGUGGCAUUGAAGGCCUUGGAUGUCAUGUUGAACCGAGAGGAAGACCUGAGGAAGGCGAAGGACUAUUGCAACGACCAUUUCGGAACAUAUCAUCAGCAGCUUCAUGAGUUCCGUGUGAUGAAUGCUGCCCGACCGCAUGAAGACAUGGAGUCAUCUUUCGGACCGAUAUUUUGUCAACGGGGCCAGAUCGGCACGCAAAGGAUAAUACAAGCUGAAGAAGAGCUGAAGCAGGCGCGACUCGCAGCGAAGGAUGCGGGCGUCCUCAAUCCGAAUUCUCCAGAACAGGAAUCUGAGUUCUUGUCUGUUGUAGGAGAGGGACCUCAUACAGAAUAUCUAGAGUUGCAAAUUCAAAACUGCAAUCGGAAACGCAUCCAGGAGUAGAUAGAUAAUAACCCCCAGACGAGCGAGCACGACGACGAAGAAGCGGCCUUCGCCCUUUCUGGCGCGCAAGUUAAUUCCUGGGAGAGUCUUAGUGACUGCGAAAGAGAGCC